AUGUCGUCCAUGACCGAUGCAAUUUCCGCCCGGCUGCAGAUGGAGAUUCUGCGGCCAUUCACCGUCGCCCGGGGCAUUAUCCAGUCCGGCGCAGCCCAAUUCCCCAUCCAGGGAGUGAUCUACUUCUUUCAGAACCCUCAGCUGUGGCCGUUGUAUCUCCGGAUGGUUCCCCCAAUUUUGAUUGUGCAUGUUUCCGUGUUUUUGAGUGUUUUCAGCACGCUGUUUCUGCUGAACGUGUCGGCGGCAAUGUGCUGUUGUGGGCCGUUUGGACUGCUGGUGGGGGCAGGAAUCACGGCACAAGAAGCCAAUUUCAUCACCAGCUACAUUUUGGACAAUUACUUGAUUCCACGUCCAAUGGAUUCGCUUUUCGACACUGUUUUGUGUCAAGAAGGAAUGGAGUCGGUGGUGAUUCCAGGAAAGCUGAAAAGAGUGGUUGGUCCUUCGUUUGGAGAUAGACUGUGGGAAACGUCGCUUUGGACCACAGUCACGUUUCCAUCGGAUAUAUACUCAACUCUGAGACCAGUUGGACUCAGUUUCAUCCCAGUAUUUGGACCAAUGGCUCUGAGCUUCAAUGGAGCGGUCGCAAAGGGAAACUCCUUUGAGAAACGGUUCUACAGACUCAGCAGACUGAGAGGACGCCAGGUGAAGUAUCUCAUCAAGGAAAGAGAAGGCGACUACUGGAGUUUCGGGUUUGUUGCCAAUAUUUUGGAAAGUGUUCCAUUACUUGGCACAUUUUUCUACUUCACUAACCAGAUCGGAGGUGCUCUCCUGGCAGUCAAGUACUACCAAGAAGGAAGGACCCAGUUCUAA